GGGAAUAAACAUGGCGACGGACUCGAGCGCACUGGGGCGCACGCUGGUUCCGCUGCUUCUGCUGGCUCUGCCGGCGCUGUGCGGCGGCGCCGCGGCGGCCGCGGCCCCCGGGGCCCCCGAGGCCCCGCGGAUCUUCGGCAUGCGGCUGCAGAGCAGCGACCUGCCGGCCGCCACCACCGACAGCGGCGCCAUCCAGGUGACGGAGGGCAGCACCGUCCGGUUCCGCUUCUACGGGCUCCACCUGCAGCCCAACAGCUCGGCGCUGGUGCGCUUCGCCGAGCUGCACUGCAGCUCCGAGGACGGCGAGCCGGAGCCCACGGCGCCCCCCGCCGGCGCCAACAGGACCUGCCCGGCGCGCACGGAGGACCUGGAGGCGCGGGGAGCCAUGACGGAGGUGAGCGGGGCUCGAACCUCCGCCGUGCUCAAGUUCAGCAUCAAGAGGCUGCGCAAGAGCGAGGUGGUCAAGGUGUUCGGCCUGUGCGUGCAGGACGAGCUGGGCUGGCGCCUGCUGGAAGCGGGGGACGGCCGGCUAAGGGUGGUGGAGGAGAAGAAGUCGCUGCUGCCGCUGUGGCUGCAGGUGUGCCUCAUCUCCUUCCUGCUGGUGCUGUCCGGCAUGUUCAGCGGGCUCAACCUGGGCCUGAUGGCGCUCGACCCCAUGGAGCUGCGCAUCGUGCAGAGCUGCGGCACGGACAAGGAGAAGAAGUACGCGCGCAAGAUCGAGCCCAUCCGGCGCAAGGGCAACUACCUGCUGUGCUCGCUGCUGCUGGGCAACGUGCUGGUCAACACCACGCUCACCAUCCUGCUGGACGACCUGAUCGGCUCCGGCAUCGGCGCCGUGGUGGCCUCCACCGUGGGCAUCGUCAUCUUCGGGGAGAUCGUGCCGCAGGCGCUGUGCUCGCGCCACGGGCUGGCCGUGGGCGCCAACACCAUCAUGGUCACCAAGCUGUUCAUGCUGCUCACCUUCCCGCUGUCCUGGCCCAUCAGCAAGCUGCUGGACUGCGUGCUGGGCCAGGAGAUCGGCACCGUGUACAACCGGGAGAAGCUGGUGGAGAUGCUGAAGGUGACGGAGCCCUACAACGACCUGGUCAAGGAGGAGCUCAACAUGAUCCAGGGCGCGCUGGAGCUGCGCACCAAGACGGUGGAGGACGUGAUGACCCCGCUGGGCGACUGCUUCAUGAUCCACAGCGGCGCCGUGCUGGACUUCAACACCAUGUCCGAGAUCAUGGAGAGCGGCUACACCCGCAUCCCCGUGUACGAGGACGAGCGCUCCAACAUCGUGGACAUCCUGUACGUCAAGGACCUGGCCUUCGUGGACCCGGACGACUGCAGCACCCUGAAGACCAUCACCAAGUUCUACAACCACCCGGUGCACUUCGUCUUCCACGACACCAAGCUGGACUCCAUGCUGGAGGAGUUCAAGAAAGGAAAGUCUCACCUGGCCAUCGUCCAGAAAGUGAACAACGAGGGGGAGGGAGAUCCUUUCUACGAGGUGCUGGGCCUGGUGACCCUGGAAGACGUGAUCGAGGAGAUCAUUAAAUCAGAGAUCCUGGAUGAGUCCGACCUUUACACUGACAACCGUACCAGGAAAAAAGUGGCGCCGGGCAAGAACAAGAGAGACUUCUCUGCCUUCAAACACGAAAGUGAGUCGAAGGUGAAGAUCUCCCCUCAGCUGCUGCUGGCCGCUCAUCGCUUCCUGGCCACAGAGGUGAGCUUGUUCAGCCCGGCCCAGAUCUCAGAGAAGGUGCUGCUGCGGAUCUUGCGUCAUCCCGACGUGAUCCAGGAGAUCAAGUUCAACGAAAGUGAGCGGCGAGCUGCCCACCACUACGUCUACCAGAGGGGGAAGCCGGUGGACUUCUUCAUCCUGGUCUUGCAGGGUCGAGUGGAGGUGGAGGCCGGGAACGAGAACAUGAAGUUUGAGACGGGACCGUUCUCUUACUACGGCAUCAUGGCGCUCAGUGCUCCCACGCUGGUGGCUGUGCCUCGGCCCCGCCUCCUCUCCUUUAAGAGGUUUUCUCUGUUCUCUCGGUUGCCAGAGUUCCGGUCGCCGUCGCACCUCAGCGGGCUGAACCGGACCGCCUCCCUGAGCGGGACCGACCGGACCGAGUCCCUGUCCGUCAGCGGCAGCAACAGCCAGCUCAACAACAGCAUCCCGUCGCAGCAGUACACCCCCGACUUCUACGUCCGAGCCCUCACUGACCUGCAGUUUGUCAAGAUCACACGGGCCCAGUACCAGAACGGCCUCAUGACGUCCCGUCUGGACAGCACGCCUCAGUCCCCCGAGAGCAGCCACAACUCCACCCACGCCGAGCUGACGACCCCGCCCCCCUCCGCCGCCAACAUCACGGACCUGGGGGCCGACUCCGCCCCCCUGGAGAACGGCCCGGACGAGACCACGCUCCUCCUCCUGAACGAGCAGAACUCCCCGCGCGCCGCCAACCACCACAGCCAGCUGGACAACAGCAUCUGACCCCGCCCUCAACACCCCCCUCCCCCCGACUCAGCAAGCCACGCCCACACGCGUCACGCCGACCAGCCAAAACAUUGAGACCGGUCUGAACGGCUUGUUGGUGUGACAUCACAACGGUCUGGAGGACGCGGCCCGCGAGGAUCCGACUGCGUGACGUCAUCAUCAGUCGUCGCUCAUCCACGCCGGACGGCGCCCGUUUCAGUCACCUGACUAGUCAGGAAGUACCUUAACUGUAUAUCUGGAAUGUUUCUCCAUCUUUUUCUCUCAAAACCACAAAUCUGAGGAUGAACUCUUCGCUAAACAGACGCCGCCGGCGCCAAUGUUUGGCGUCUUCAAGCUGAAUCAGUUUGUUUUGAAACCCGUCUCCACGUGCGUCUUCCUUCUCCACUCUGAUUGGUCGGCACCCAGCGUCUGCAGCGCCGCUCAUCACGGGAAGUGCCACAAACAAACACAUAAAUUACCCAGCGUGCGUGCGUGCGUGCGUGCGUGCGUGCGUGCGUGCGUGCGUGCGUGCGUGCGUGCGUGCGUGCGUGCGUGCGUGCGUGCGUGCGUGCGUGCGUGCGUGCGUCUGUGUGUGCUUGACAAAAACACAACCAAAAAAGAGAACCUCCUCGUGGUGUAUGUUAUGGACGACGGUCACGUGACUGCCCCGCCCCCGGCGCUGUGGGCGGAGCUUCCUCGUGUGAUUUUGCUUCUGAUUCAGAGACUCAGGGACACUGCCCCCCCCCAACCCCAAACCCCGUCUCCUUUGACGUGCAAACAUGCAAGCGUGGUCGAAACCCGUGAACCAAACCCCUCGCCGCAUGUGUAGCAGCCUGCAAGCCCCCCGACCUCCCCAGGAGAACGUCAGCAGGGUUCAAGCCAGGUCACUCGAGAGGGACAUUUCCGGACGAGACGGGCGGGAGGCGGGUUUCAGACGCCUUUGGCCCGACCCGGACCCAGAUCCUGGACCCGGAUCCUGGACCCGGACCCACCGCUGUAUCGUGAUCACGACAAUCAAUCUGAAUUUUUCUGAAUGUGUUGAAUCAAAUGUGUAGGGUACGUUAACUGCGGCCGCCGCUCUCCAACGGCCUUUUCUCUCUGUUGUUUGUUUUCUGACCUGAAACUUCACGCCGAGCAUUUGUUUGUUUGUUUGUUUUUGUUUGUUUUAGUCGCAUCUGGUCGUGUCGGAAACGGUCUCCACGGAGACGAAGCUGUUUGAGAGCGAAGAGACUUGACGAGUCCCGUCCUCCUUUAUAAGCGAGGGGGGGGCUCUUGUUUUCUUUCUUUCUUUUUUUUUUUUGUAUUUGUUUAUUUGUGUGUUUGUGUGUGUGUUUGUGUGUUUGUGUGUGUGUGUGUGUGUGCGCGCGCAUGUUUGUGUUUAUGUGACCAAAAAUGGCCGUCACCUGACUGGGUGGGAACGGAAACCCAAAGAGCGCCGCUCGCUCGCCUCCCGACGAGAAAAUACUAAAAUAACUUUAUUUAUUGGUUUGUUUUGUGCGACGGAGGGAAGUACCUUUACUCGGCCUCAGCGGGACGUUUCACAGAUUCUUUGCAUCCAGCGGUUUGGCCUGCGUCUUUAUUUUGUUUUUGUUUUGUGUAGAUCUGGGAAAGAAGACGUUUGAAACACAUCAGUGGUUUUACUGUAAACCCGAGAGAGAGAUCGGACCUGAAACGGAGGAAUUCUUCUGUCUUGUGCGUGAAACGUGACCUGCGCGGCGGGUUUUAUACGUUUAAAACGAGCCCAUUGUGAUAGUUGGUUUCUGCUUUGCAGAAAACUCACUAGUCAUUUAUAUUUUGCCGCCUCAUGAUGUAAGACUCUUGUAAAAUGGCAUCAUGCCCCGGUACAGAACGUACCGAGCCAACGAGGCUUCAUAACACGACUCGUACAGGAGGGUCCACUAUUUAAAUAAGCAACCAACCAACGAAACGCCACCUGGAAAUCGAAUUUGUGCAGCCCUCGCAGGUCAUAACGGCCAGAUGCGCCGGGCUUCACUGAAGCCUCCUCAUGUAACAAUCGGCUCAUUUUAAACGUUUUCAAAUCACUUGAUUGGGCGUCAGACAGCGAGGGCAAGCUGUGAGGUUUGCUCCACCGCUGACGGCAUCACUGGUGGCUGCAGCUGAGCUUCAGGCCGCCGCCUCGUCACCGCCUCCGGUUGCAAAAGAGAAAAUAAAGCACUUUAACUUCUGCUUUUAGCCUGAAUAUGAAACCAAAGCUGGGAAUAAAGCGGUGAUGUCAUUUCCUUUUGAGUUUAGUGGAGUCACCUGGUGUUUUUUCUGUUUUUUUUUGUUUGAGCCUUUUAAGGAAUCUCUUUUUGAGGCCUUAAUUCCUUGGAAAUCUGAUCACAAGCGUCGUAAAAGACCGUGGAAAUUUUCCUUACUGUAGUUUUGAGUCAGGCGACAUGUGAAAACGGAGUCUGCAAGUUAUAAAUAGUUUAACAAUUUUCCUUUUGAGUCAUGUGUUUGAGUCGUAGGUGAAUUUCUGCCAAAGACACAAGUGGAUGUGGACGAGGUUCGGUCCUCGGGGGGGCUGAGCUGCAGCGUUGCCUUAAAACCCUGGUAGUUCACCUGGUGCUCUGAUGCACCGGGUAAACUUUAAAUCUCCUCGUGGAUUCGAUGACGCGACGGCAGAUCUUUAUUUUUUUUUUGUGACGUCAUCGGCUCUGAUUGGAGGAUAUUUUCUUUCUUUUUUUUAGGUUUAAAAUCUUGUGAGGGAAGUAAAAUCCAAAUAACAAAAGAUGCUUCCACAUGUUUUAUUUUGAUAAUCUCCGACAAAAUGUGCACAAUAAUAAACAUUUAGAGGAUGGAAAUAAUCAACGUAUUAUCAGCAGCUUGACUUCAUGUUCGGACGAGGCAGUCGGGAUGUGGCUGAAGACGUUCAUGCAGAAUCCACCAGACUGUUCAGGAUCUGCAGACUUUGCACUUUGACCACGAAUGCUCUCCAGAGGAAAUCUGGCUCCAUGCUGCUGAAGUCAGACUCGACCGACUUGUCUCGGUACAGCCUCGAACCAAAACUCUGUACAGGUCCUGGUGGGCCCUGAAAUCACUUCCCAGAACCCAGAUCCCAAAGCGGACGUUGAGCGUACUUGACUAUCUGCUCCAACCACGACUCUGAACAUCAUCUUGGCGUCUUUGUCCAAAGAUUUUUGGCUUCAGACUUGAAAUGUUUUCUUUUAUGUGGAAUCACAUUUAUCACAUCUAUGUAGUAAUACCACUCCCAACCACACAAGGCCAAACGUUGAGGACAAAAGAGCCAUUACUGAUAUUGACUAACAAUACUGCACAAAUUCAUUUGAGUCUGACUCGAGAACUUCCUUGUGACGUGCCGAGGACAAAAACGACAUAGUGUGGCUUUAAAGAUCCAUGCAACUGACAAUGACUCCUUUAUGAACUACCGACCUGUAAAAAAAAUACAAAUAGAACGCGUGAAAUCAAAUCUAAAACUUUGAUUACCCCUUUAGUUUUGAGAAAUAAAAAGAAAUGCAUGAACCUGCUUAUCAGUUGGAAACGUUUGUUAAAACCUCCUUGAUUUGAUUUAAACCUGAAUUCUUCAUUUCAAUCACAUCAUGAGUGUUUCUCUCCAUCUUGAUCCUGCAAGCAUGCAGUUUUAAAACCGUUUUCUCUCAGGCUUGCAGGAGCGAGCACUGGAAAACACUUGAAUAAAGACAUCACGCUAUUAUGAAUGCUAGUUUACUUUUAAAUUUUAAAGCCACUCUCUGUAGCAAUACCACCUGUGCCCACAUGGGGGCUUAGCGUGACUGGCGGUACCCUGGUAAUGAGUGGGGAAGGCGCAUUUUUUAACACCACUUUGUCCCACACAAGGACUCUGUUAUGCUGCCCCCAAGUGGCCGGGAGGGGCGUUGCUACAUAGAGGGGCUUUACAGAAAACUCUACAAUCGACGUCUCUGGAGAAGGAAAGACAAAUAAAAAUCAAAGAAAGGAGAAAAAAGGCGCCUCAGUCCCUUCUAAUCCCAAAUAUAGAAGCACUUUAGCAGAAAUCUGUAGUUUUCCAAAAAACUGAAAUUUGCCAAUUUUGCCAAAGAUUCGCUGACUGUCACGACGCCGUUACUGACCAGGAUUUCUUAAUCGUCGGUUCUCCGGGUCAGUAAAGCGACGUCGCUUUCUUUUUUUCUUUUUCUUCCUUUUUUAAAAAAAAAAUUUGUGCUAAAAAACUGAAGUAGCUCGCUGAUUCACACUUCUGUUGCCUUCUGUUUUCUCUUUAAUGACUGUUCUGGAUAUUUUUUUCUUCUUUCUGUUCAUUCCUUCAUUAUUUCAGCCAACUUUCUCUCCCGCGAACACACACUCCCAUUUAAAUCGACUGUUAUUGGGGUUUUUUUUAAACUUUGUUUCUGUGGCUAAUGUUGUUGAAGUGUGUGUUUUUGUUUGUGCCUGCGUACGUGUCGGGGUUCCUCCCGCCUGCUUUAAAUCGUGCUGGGUUUGGGUUCAUCAAGGUGUGUGUGUGUGUGUGUGAGAGAGAGCGAGAGAGAGAGUGUGUGUGUGUGUGUGUGUGAGUGCACGUGAACAGAUUGUAGGUUUUGUUUUUGUACCUCAGAAACACUGUCAGUAAUUGUGUUAAACGACAAUCUUUUUUUUCUGUUUUGAGUUGUAUUCGGGAGCACGAUGAACGGAGAGACUGGCCUUUGGGGGAAAUUAAACUGAUUGUCCUUAAUUCUCUCUGGCAUGCUUUAAUUUAAGAGGAAAAGGAUGUAAAUACUGUUUUAUAAUUUCUGUCUUAAUGAGUUUUGAUGAUGAAGAAAGUUAUUAAUAAACCUGAGAUAUUUUUCUCUA